GCGAAAUAAUUGUGGAGGAAACUCCGCACUGGACAUGGCUUUGACGUCAUAUACAUUUAGGGAAAUGGCCCGCGUUGAUCGCCUGUACCAGAUGAGUAAUUCUCACCUUCGGUAUCCUGACUAAACCUGAAGCUAUCCAACAUUGUUUUUUUUUUGUUCAAGACUUGGUUGUCAUUUCCAUUCACUUGGCCCUACGGACGUUGGCUUGGGUGCCAACUACCCGUCCAAAUAAACCCAUUGGGGGCGUUUGAGAGAGAGAUGACGUACAAACUUGAAUGCCCGCUUUAUUUUUUUUCGUUAAGCAGGGUAUGCUUUCAAUCUAGGCUUUUUGACCCAAGCUUUCAGUCACCUGGUCUUUUUUUUCUUGAUUGUUACCAAUUAUCGCCACUCCAUGUCGACCGUCUAUUCCAUUAUUAAAGCUGAAACUCCUGAACAAAUCCAAGAAUGUUACGAUGUGCGAAUCAAGGUGUUUGUUCAUGAACAGAAUAUUCCACUAGACCUUGAAAUCGAUGAAUAUGAUCCAAAAUGUCUCCAUUGGCUUGCAACUGCUUCGAAUGAGCCACAACGACGAUCUAGAUUACCCCUUGGCACCAUAAGACUCUACCAUGUACCGAAUACCUCAAUCGGGAAGCUUGGCCGACUAGCGGUGGAUCAGUCGGCGAGAGGUCUAGGUCUCGGAAGAAAGUUGGUGGAAGGCCUGGAGAAAGACGCUGUGAACUUAGGCAUCACUUUCAUAGAUUGUCAUAGUCAAGUCGAUAAGCGUCUGUUUUAUGAAAAAUUAGGCUAUCGUGUUACUGAUGGCGAUGUCUUCAUUGAGGAUGGUAUUGAACAUAUUAAAAUGGGAAAGUCGCUAUCGUAAACUUAA